AUGUUUGUACACCCUGCGAGGAGACCAGAGUCGAUCACACCGGUGGAUGCGGGAGCCGCCCGGCCUGGAGGGCGCCAGGCAGACGAGUCCCCCGGGGCCGGCACAGCUCCCCGUCACCCCGCGCUCCGCCCUGGGCGGGAGGGGAGGAGCGGGGGGUUUCCCGCGGGAGCCGCUGCCGAGCGCAGGAGCCGCGACAGGCUCAUCCCCACCCGGCCCGCCGACCGCCGCCUGUCCAAGGUGGAGACGCUGCGCCUGGCGGCCAGCUACAUCUCGCACCUGGCCAACGUGCUGCUGCUGCAGCAGCGCCGGCACGACGAGGGGGUGGACGCUGAGCAGCCCUGCCCGCAGAACCCGCAGCCCCGUGAGUCCCCGCAGCCCUGCUCGCCACCGGGCAGCUCCACGCCGCGGCCCAUCUGCACCUUCUGCCUCAGCGAGCAGCGGCAGCGGCACCGAGAAGGAGAGAAACCGCCAGCUGGUCCAGCAGUGAGCGGGCACUGAACCGGCCGAGGUUCUCACACCAAUCCUGCACUGACUGUACCACUGCUCUGGGUAACGUCGUCACACUCAUGCUGCAUGUUUACAUUUAAAUAGCACAGUCCUAAACGAGUUACUUUUCAAGCCUAUAUGCACUUUGUUUCACAUUGUGAGAGGUUUGUUCAGGGUGGUUUUUUGCAAAAUGAAAUCGAACGCUGCUGGGAGGGUUGCACCUGGUGCAGCAGCUAUUUUAGCGCGAGAAACGUUAAACCUAAGCACCCAAGCCCUGAUCCUGAUGUCUCCUGAACCUGUGUCGCAUGAUGAAACUUGAACUUCGAAACACACGGUGUGCCCUGUCAGAGGAAGCUGUCAUGGACACGCUGUGCCCUACGCCUCCAGCCCAGCCUGGGCUGCACGCAGCGCUGCCUCCCACUCCUCCAGCUGCACGCCAGUUCCCGGGGAGGGGGCCUGACACUGACAGCUGACAUGCCCGAGAGGUCUCAGUGAUGCUGGAAGAUUAUUUUAAGGUGUUCACAGAAAGUCAGAAAACUUCCAGUGAAAGCGCUGCUGGUGGCUGUUCGCAGGCACAGCAGCACAUCCACACGGGACGUAGCCAGGACAGGACGGGAAGGUGGAGCAGUGUAAGCGAUGCUCUUUUCUUAUUAACAGUGUGAGUCGUGCCAGUCCUUUAUAUAGCAUGGGAUAUUCCUAAAUCUGCCUGGCAAGCACGGGGUAGGGAGGGUUUCCCAAGGGCUUUUACCCAUUACGCAGGUCUUUCCCAAAUUGUGCCUGAACAUCACUUAGGUCAUUUACCUCCCCUCUGUUUAUUAACUUGUAUAUUUAUAUUCAGGAGUAACUCUAAAUAGCAAAUAAGCAUGUUAUGUUUUCAGUUUUGGACAUCAGCGAAGCAGCAGGCUAGAAUCUUAAACCCCAGUAAUGCAGGAUUUUAAAAAAUAUAGAGAUAGUUUAAUUUUGCAAUGUUUUUAUAGCUAUUUAUAAUAUGCUUAAUUAGACUUUAAUUAAUCUUAACUUGUCACAUUGGGAGGCACUCUCUAUUUUUUAAAAGCUUAGUUACUGUACCACUCUGAGAAGUGCUGCAAAGAAUACUUGUCUGCCUUUUAUUCCCCUGAUCCCAUCUGUUCAGUGCUCCUGGCCACCCUUGCUUUAGCCAAAAGUGAGGGCUGAAGGAGCAGCACUGUGUUGUUCACUUUAUUUUCUGUAUAGAACUUUCUCUUCUUCCACUACAUAAGUGCAAAGCAAAUUCUGGCAUUGGCUAUGAAGAACUUGGCAAGGGCAGGAUCUUGGUAUAUUGCUCAUACAACUUCAUAGUUUUAGUUUCCCUUCUCCCCUCCCCAAAACACACUGAUCACCUUUCCUUUGGCACAAUGAGGAAAACCCUACUGCACCUACAGAACCUGGAAUAAACUUCUCCUUUGAAUCCUAAUAAAGAAAAAUACUGAAGCAAAGUCACAUCACAUCAGUCUAUUCAGUUAUUAAAAAAUACACCCUGUAUUUUCCUGGAUUGAGAAGAGUUGUUUGUUUUUAGAAGGUUUCUAUCAUUAAUCUUGUUUUUAAUAAAGAACUUUAAAUGGUUGCCAGAUUAUGAUCUUUGUUUUGCUUUGGCAUUGAUUCAUGAAGCUGGAACUCUUUACAAGUUUUGUACAAAGUGCUUUUUAAUUUUGAUGUUGUGUUGGCCUGCGAGUGUGGGUAUAUAUUUCCACAAAGACAUCUUCUUGGCUAUUUUUUUUAAUUAAUUUGAAAAAAUUUAUCUUUUUAAAAGGCAUUUACUCUAUAAUUAAAACUGAUCUUACUGUUAGGCCCUACACUCUUAUGAACACAUUAAAUCAAAGCAUUUGACCUCUUUACAGAUACAGUUAAUACUAACUGAAACUCUCAUGAAUAAUUUGUACAAUCCUACAGGAAUUCGGUGUUUGUACUGCAAAUGGGACUUUAUCUCUCUGGUUUUGUGUAGGGUUUAUCCAAAAUGCUUUUCAGUGACAAAAGCAGGAGCAAGCCCUUACGACUUGGCCUUCUCUCCUGUUUAAUGUAUCUCAGUGUAGCAUUAAAUUCUUCUCCCUUUACUCAGGAUAAACUGUUGAAUUCAACUGGGCUUGAAUACUUUCUCAGGGUUUCAAUAAUAUAGCACUGAUUGAUCAUGUCAGUAAUUAGACCCCAGAGCACUGUGGCCCAAAUAGUCCUGGUAUAGACAGAUAAUAUCUAUCCAAAACAAUUAUAACAGUGAUUUCUCUGAGGAACCUUUAUAUAUAUGUAACACUACGUAUUUAAAUGGGGACAAGUGGGGAUGGAUCCGGAACUUUGCUGAAAUUUAUUUAUAAUGUAAAGCUUCUCUACCCCUAGGAGCAAAAAAAAGAUACAGGAUUGAGCUGUUACUCUGUAAUGGGUUUUCUAUAAACCGAGAGAAAAUAAUUUAAUUUCUGGAGACACAGAUGAAUUGAGGGCUCAGAUUGCACUUGUAAAGAGCUCAUCAUCAUUAGGUGCUUUAUUGAAUUUUUGCUGUAUGAGUUUUUGUGUCUUACCAGUUCUAUUUUUUUAAUCAUGGAGCAGCAUUGUUCAUGGCAUGCACAAAUAUAUAAGUCAAAAUUUUGAGGUGGUGGCGAGGCAUUGGAAUGACGUGGGUUUUUCCAGAGGUGCUGAACAACCUCUUGUUCUGCUGCAGACAUUGGGUUUUGACUCAUUUGUAAGUGCAUUCUGCUCUGUAUGUGUGAACAGAGGAAUGCCUGAUGCCAAUCCCAUCUUUGUUUUCCUGUAAACACUUGGCUAUUCGAUUUACAUGAUGCAUGAAUAAAGCAGAAACAGUGAGAUACACACCAUUUGGUCUCAGAUCCUAUUAAAUGAUUGGUAAAAUAUUCCCAGCAUAGUACUUUGUAUAAGUCAUUGUACUUAGUCUGCUACAUCACAGUAUGAAAACAGCAUCAAGCAAAAUAAAUAAAUCAUGUUGUUUGAUUUUGCUGCUUAAGUUUAAAGAAGUAUUUGAACAUAGUUCUUGGUUAUUUAUGAAUUAAUUGUAAUGUAAGUCAGAGUAGUUUCAUAUGUUAGCUACUAUUUUAAUUUCUGUUCUGCAAAACAGAAGUUUCCAUUCAUGGAAAAUCUGCUUCUUUACAAAAAUCUGUAUUUGUUUGCAAAAUGUGCUUUUAUUUGCAAAAGGAAACAGUAUUUUUGUUACUAAUUUGAACAAUAAACUAUAAACACGAAGGUA